CUUCACUUUCUCUCCAGCACCUCCCCAGCUCGGUCUCCAGCUAAACCAUGAACCAUCUCCAAGAAACCGUGCACAAAUCCGCCAUGGCAAGGCCGCUACCUUCCUUCUGCCUCCACCGGAUCAAGUCUGGACGCACCGCUGCCCCGCCGCCUCCGAUACGCGCCAAGGAGGCCCCCUGCGACAGCGGUGACUGCCACGGCGAGCGCGACGACAGCAAUAAGGCGAAGGAUGAGAAGGUGGAUGAGGAGGCUAAGAAGGGCGGCAAUGAGGGCGCCGCCGUGGGGAGGAAGGUGAUGGUGGUGGCCGAUGGCGGCAGAGAGGAGGCCCGGACGGCGCUGCAGUGGGCGCUGUCACACGCCGUCCGGCCCUGCGACACGGUCGUCCUGCUCGACGUCGUCAGGGGAGGCGACGGCAACGGCAAGAACCGACGCGAUCCAAGAGGGUAUCAGCAUCUGGAGGCGAUGAGGAGCAUCUGCCAGGCCAAAAGGCCAGAGGUGCAUGUUGAGCUUUCCCUAGUAGAGGGCAAGGACUGGGGGCCGGCGAUAGUGGAGGCGUCGAGGAAGCAAGGCGCGUCGCUCCUCGUCGUGGGCCAGAAGAAGCGGUCCGUCACAUGGCGGCUGCUGUCGAUGUGGAUGGCCGGCAUGAAGGGCGCGGUAGGGGGCGCCGGCGCCGCCGACUACUGCGUGCAGAACGCGGCGUGCAUGGCGCUGGCCGUCCGGCGCAAGAGCCGGCGAGGGGGAGGCUACCUCGUCACCACCAAGCGCCAGAGGGAUUUCUGGCUCCUGGCUUGAGGUCCUUUGAGGUGUUUUGUGUGACACAGGGUGUGGUAGCCUCGUAUGUCAGUAACUCAGCAUGUGUGAUCUCGAUAUGGCAUAGAUAGGGGGGGAGGUACUGAAGUUUACAGAUAGGGGAAAUAAUGCAGUAGAUUCUUGAGUGUUGGCUUCUUUUUUUUUGUUACUGGAUUAGAACUGACAUGGAAUUAUGGAAGGGAACACUGAGUUAUCGAGGUUUUUCAUUUUACAAUAAGAAUCAAGCAGCUUUUG